AUGACAGAGGCUGUUGCAAAGGAUGGCUCAUGCUUUCAAUGUACAGAGCCUUGGGUCAAGAAGUUCAUAGCUGCAAAUCUCAAUUGGUUGUUUCAUUGUGCAACUCAUGCUGCUCAGAAAACCCCUUCCAAUGCUGACCAACUUUGUCUGGACCAAUUCCUUUGUUUGACUUUAACUAUUUGGAACUGCGCCAUUUUUCAUGCUUGUUUCUACGUUAACAUCAACUAG